AUGUCCACUGCCGACGACAUCUGCGGUACAUAUACUCUUUCCCAUUGCGAUGGGAAGAUUGCAUCUACAAAAGCGACUCUGACUAUUCACCGCUGCGGGGACACACUGACAGCGCAUGCCACUGUUGUGAAUGAUCUGCGCGGAACGGUACAAUAUGAAAAUGGCCAUAUUGUCGGCUCUCUGCAUUCCACGGGCAACGUGACCGGUCCCGCUCAGGAGUCGGUGGAGCAGACGCUGAGCAAGGGAUUUGCUGACGGAUUUGAUAUUGUGAUUGAGCUUAACAGACUUCUUCUCAAAAACACCAACAGCUCUUUUGCUUUUGUGUGCUCAUCGAAGCUUUCGGAUCUGAACGGCGAGCACGCUAUCAUUGCGAUCAACGGCCAGCCGCCGAAUCAGGAGAUGAUAAUGCGCUUCAUUCCCGACGGCAAUGGUGGAUGCUUUGUCACUGCGAAUGUUGCAAACUCCCUGCGCGGCAGCUGCCAGCUUGACGCAGGUCUUCUGCGAGGUGAACUUGCAACCACUCAGGUCGAGGCGGACGAAAGCCUGAUGCGCGUGGAGAAGCUGAUCAGCGAAGGAUUUCAAAAGGGUUUCCAUAUUUGCAAUAACGAGUCAGGGAUUCUGCUCCAGUCUUCGGAGGGCACCAUCCAGCUAUGCCGGAUUCUUAGCCAGACCAACCUCGAGGGUGUCUAUGUGUUGAAGUCGUUCAACGGUGGCCCUGUCCCCACGCGCAACCAGCCGAUUGUCACUUUCAGACCUGGAAACGCAAACGAGGUGGACAUCUCUAUCAGUGUGGCUAAUCGUAUUCGUGGCACUGCUGCUCUGAAUCAGAAUGUUUUGUCGUCUGAAGAGCCUCUCAUGUCUACUCGAAUGAUGGGGACUGAGGAGGAGUCUAAGCUGGAGAGCGCCUUCAACGUUGGCUUUCAGUACGGCCUUGAGUGCAUCGCCAGUGGCAACGAGCUGACGCUGAAGAACCAGGAUUGUAAGUUUGUUCUGGUGAAAGCAGCGAUUCCAGAGGCCCAACACGGCGGCUCAAGCUACAAGGGAACGUACUGCAGCAAGUGCUUCAAGACCGAAGGUAACGGUUUGUUGUUCCGCCUUGUCAACGAUCACGAGAAGAAGUGGGCGUUUUAUAACGACACACAAGAUUUCCGCAUUCACGUGCGCGCCACGUUUGGUGCCCGCUCCAAUAUCGAGGCUCUAGACAACGCCAGGAUGUACCAGAACGACGACGGCCGCUACGUUGUCGAAGUCACCGUGAAUCCUCAAUCCACAGAGAUGUUUAUUGAGGGCGAUGUGAACGGUUUCCGAGCACACUACGACGCUGAGCCUAUUUAG